AGGGACUCAGUGGUAAGACAUCGGAGCAAAGCACCUGUAAGCAGCUCGGCUUUAGGGGUGCUGGCCUUCUGUUUGGGCUUCUUGCCGCAACAGAACAGCACCACAUGGCCUUCCUCUCCCAACUAGAUCUUCAGGAGAUCCUCCAAACCCUCUCUGUUUUGCAGUGGAUCCCAGUCUACAUAAUUUUAGGAUGUAUUUCGAUUAUCCUUAUACCCUACUUUCUGCUAUACACUAAGUUCUGGAUCUUGUCUGUGCUCGUCUUAGCCUGGCUCGCCUAUGAUUGGAACACCCACAGUCAAGGUGGUAGGCGGUCAGCUUGGGUACGAAAUUGGACUCUCUGGAAGUAUUUCCAAAGUUACUUCCCAGUAAAGCUGGUGAAGACUCAUGACCUCUCUCCCAAACACAACUAUAUCAUUGCCAACCACCCCCAUGGCAUUGUGUCUUAUGGUGUCUUCAUCAACUUUGCCACUGAGGCCACUGGCUUUGCUCAGAUUUUUCCGGACAUCACUCCUUCUGUAGGGACCUUGGAAGGGAUUUUCUGGAUCCCAAUUGUGCGAGAGUAUGUAAUGUCACUGGGUGUGUGCCCCGUGAGUGAGUCGGCCUUGAAGUAUUUGCUGACCCAGAAUGGCUCAGGCAAUGCUGUGGUUGUUGUGGUGGGUGGAGCUGCUGAAUCCCUCUUGUGCCAGCCAGGAGCUUCUACACUCUUCCUUAAACACCGGAAAGGUUUUGUGAAGUUGGCACUGAAGACAGGAGCGUACCUUGUCCCUUCCUAUAGCUUUGGAGAGAAUGAGGUUUACAAUCAAGAGACCUUCCCUGAGGGCACGUGGAUGAGGUUCUUCCAAAAAGGCUUCCAGGACACAUUCAAAAAACUCUUAGGAAUAAAUUUCUGUACCUUCCAUGGCAGAGGCCUCACUCAAGAAUCCUGGGGUUUCCUGCCUUUCAAUCUGCCCAUUACCACUGUUGUUGGGGAGCCACUGCCAAUCCCUAAGAUUCAGAAGCCAAACAAAAUGACAGUGGACAAAUACCACACACUCUACAUCAAUGCCCUGCGCAAGCUGUUUGACCAGCACAAAGUUCAGUAUGGCCUUCCUGAGACCCAGGAGCUGACCAUCAUAUAACAGCAGCUGGAUUCCCUUAUUACCAAACCCCCAAAGCCUUGGGGGAUCCAAAUAAGGCCACAUGGAAUGAAGAAUGAAGAAGAGAGGAUCUCAGGGAUGGGUGACAAGGCCAACAAAGCCACAAAGUACUAAAUGAAUCAGCUUUGAGGGAAUGAACCAGAGGAGCAGGGUAACACUGGGCAACAACCCAGUUUAGCAAGCAGAACCUUGUGAGUCCACAGAUCUUUUCUGCCCCCUAAAUCCAGCCAAUGAUCUGAUCAGAGGAAUGAGAAGCCAAAGAACACCAUACCCCUUCCUCCCAAGCCUUAGUGACACCAUCACUAUUUAGGUUUAGGCUUAAAAGCCUUGUUGAGAACAGGGAUGGUUGUUCCCCCCAGGCCCUUUCCUUACAAUUCAGGGGCCACCACAAGAUAAACCUUGGACCGGAACCAUGGUUUCCUGAUCCAAGUAGACAGGAUUCCCUCAGUUAUGACAGUUCUCCAAUGGCAAAAACUUUUGCAUGCAGUUAUGCUGUUUCUCUUAUAAAAAUAAAGCUCUAGAUACAUAAAACUAGAUAUGACUAUUUUCUAUUUACUCUGUGGUUUACUACUGUAUUUCCCUCAAACCCAGCCAAAAAUCUAGUCUGUGGAGAGCCAUUUUCCUCUUUUUCAUCCUUCCUUUAUAUUGCUCCUGACAGAAAAUGUCAGGGAGUGGAACCAUCUGCUGCACAGUGUAGGAGACAGGAGCAGAACCAAGGGGCAUUGACACAGGUUCCUACUGAGUAGGCCACGUCAUUUCAUCCCACAGAGCCCCCCUGGGUCAGAAGGGAGGGAGCCACAAGACUGUGCACCUGCUGUAAGUCUACUUUGUUAAGUACCAACCAAAGAUCUUUCUAAUGCACCAACCACCACACCUCCCACUCCUCAUUUCCUGGACAUGUAUUAUUAUGCUUCAUUUUCCUCAGUGAGGUCCCAUGGCACCCCACUUAAAUUAGUUCAUAAGUGUGGGCAAAAAUGGCAUGGAUUCUACUCAGAGUGGUCCCAGGUUAGGCCUCAGGGAGAAUAAUUUAUUAGUUAAAAACCUUUUUAUAUCAAUAGAAUGGAAUUGAGAGUGCAGCAACAAACCCAUACGUUUAUGGUCAAUUAUUUUUUGCCAAGGGUGCCAAGACAAUUCAAUGGAGAGAAAAAAUAGUAUUUUCAAUAAAUUAUGCAGGGGCAACUGCAUUUCACAUGGAAAAGGAUGAAGUUGGAACCCUACCUAACAAAAGAAGACAAAUAGAUAAAUUGGACUUUAUUAAAAUCAAACACUUUUGUGCUUCAAAGGACACUAUCAAAAAAAUGAAAAGACAACCCACAGAAUAGGAGAAAUUUGUAAAUCAUGUCUGUGAUAGGAGUCUAGUAUCCAGAACAUAUAUAAAGAACACUUACAACUCAAUGAAAAAAAGACAACCCAAUUAAAAAUAUU